AUGAGGCCGACAUCACCCCUUCAGGUCGGACUCUACCGUCACCUGAAGCUGACGACCAAAGAUGUCAACAAGGGGUUUUACAAAGGAAACCGUACCGGCUCCAUGGGUCGCCACACAAAGUAUGGAGGAUACGUCAUCGAAUGGAACAAAGUGCGCACAUAUGCCGUGCCGCAGAACCUGAAAGACUUCAAGCUUACCCCUUUCGUGAGCCGACAAAUCUAUGCGGAACCUGGUGAUUACAAGGGUCUGGCAAAGGGCGCGUCCGACCCGCACUUUUACGUCGAGCAGUGGAAGCGAUACAACGGCGUGGAUUAA